AGUCCUUUCCAGUAAAUAUAGAUAACUUCAACACUUCACCUAGAUUUUAUCGUUUGAUUCAUUUUCAUAAUUUUAAAAACCAAAAUACUCUCUCUUAUAGAUUCACACUCAUAUAUAUAUAUAGUAGUAUAUAGUUAUAUACAACUAUUACUAUUUAUAAAUAAAACUUGACUUAUAUAAAUUCUGUAGUUGAAGACCGUUCUCAUUUCCUUCUUCACAACAACCGUUAUACAAAUCAACCAUUAUUGCAAUCUACAAAUCAGCCUUUUUCUUUACAGGAAAAAUCAGAUUUUGGUGGGAAAUUUCGGGUGUUUUGGAUUGGCAUUGUGAGAAAUUGAAGUUGAAAAUGGCUUUGGGGAAGAACUGUGGCUCGAAUGUGAAAAGUGUGGAUGAAGGAUUAGGGUUAGGGUUUGUUCAUUACCCGCGAUCGUUUCGCCGGAAACGGAUUUUGAUAUCGAGCAGGGUCGAGGCUGAGUCCACAUUCGUCAGUACUCCGACGAAGAAACAGUGUAGCGAUCAGAUGUCGGUUCUGAGUUCUGAGAAGUCUCUUCUUGAAACCCUUCCUCAGGACAUUCUGAUCAAGAUACUGUGUGGAGUGAAUCAUGAUGAUUUGAAGCAGCUUUUUCAUGUCUCAAAAUUGAUAAGAGAAGCUAGUAUGAUUGCAAAGCAAUUGCAUUUUGCAUAUAGCACACCUACAAAGACUUUAACAUUUCAAAAUCCAAUUGAUUUGGAGGAUUCAAUUGAGAUUGAAGCACCAAAUGCCCCGAAGCAGUCACGGCGAUGUCGGUCCCACCUGACCGGAAAGAAGCUGGCCGACAUCUCAGUGGCCUUGUUCACUUCACCGGACGGAGAACAGUGGCCUAAGGAAGUGUCAUUUGCAGGAAUGGAGAUAGAUAUAUGAGUUUUGAUGGUUUUUGUAUAUAGGCAUUGUUGUAGUUUGAAUAGUAGUUGAUGGAGUUAGUUACUUGACGUUUGUGAUCUGAUUGUGAGAUCUCAUUCACUUGUACAUGUUCAUAAUCUUUCCACUACAAAGCCAUGUCUUCAAACCUUUCAUUGAAGACGAGUUGGCUUGUUUGAUUUGAUUGUAGAUGUAUACUUUGUGGUUUACACUUGUCUAAAUGAAAAUUAUUAGAAAAGUUUUUCUUUCUGUA